UAGAUGAAGUUUACGCCGACACGUCAUCGAAAUACCACCAGCGCAUUUUAGAAAUUUGCGCCCUUUCACCACCAUCAUAUACCGUAACCGACCGCCAAUCUUCACCUUGCUUUCAAAUUAUAAAAGCCCGCUCAACUGAAAAAGCCGAACUUGGUACCCUACCGGCGCAGCAUAGCAUAUUCCGCCGAGUUGUUUCUCCUAACUGUUUCACUGACGAUGUCCGAUCAAAACCCUAAACCCUGAUUCAAUUUUCCCGCCAAUUUCUUUUCUCAGGGAUAUGGGAAGCAUUAAGCGAUUGCCUGAGGGUAUUCGGAGCUCAAUUAGAUCAGGGUUUAUAUUGUAUGAUUUCACAAGGGUUGUUGAGGAGUUGGUUUUCAACAGCCUUGAUGCUGGUGCUACCAAGGUAUAUGUUGCUCUUAGUGUUGGGACCUGCUAUAUUAAGGUGAAUGACAACGGAUCUGGUGUUUCACGAGACGGACUGGUGCUGAUAGGAGAAAGAUAUGUGACAUCAAAAUACAGACACUUGGAUGAUGUGCAUGCUUUCCCAGCAAGCUUUGGCUUUAAAGGAGAGGCUCUGAGCUCUAUUUCUGACGUUUCUUUGUUGGAAAUUGUUACGAAAACUCACGGAAAGCCAAAUGGAUAUCAUAAGGUUUUGAAGGACGGCAAGUGUUUGUACCUUGGAAUUGAUGAUGAUAGACAAGAUGUUGGUACAACAGUCAUUGUUCGUGAUUUAUUUUACAACCAACCAGUUCGAAGGAAGCAAAUGCUCUCCAACCCAAAGAGGAUCUUGCAUUCCGUGAAAGAGUGUCUGCUAAGAAUCGCCCUUGUGCAUCCCAGUGUCUCCUUCAGAAUUGUUGAUAUUGAAAGUGAGGAUGACCUGCUUUGCACGCGUGCUUCUCCUUCUCCGUUGCCCCUGUUGUCCAGUGGGUUUGGUAUUCAGGAUUUGAGCUCCCUAAACAAAUUGAAUGCAAGUGAUGGUUCACUCAACCUCUCUGGAUACAUCUCAGGUCCUGAUGUUUACACGAUGAAGGUCCUUCAAUAUUUCUACAUCAAUUUAAGAUUUGUUUCCAAGGGACCAAUACAUAAACUACUCAAUAACUUAGCAAUGAGCUUUGACAACGCUUCUGAUGUUGAGCGGCGAAGUAGCUCCCAGAUGUAUCCACUGUUUUUGUUGAACCUAAACUGCCCAAGAUCUUUUUAUGAUUUAACUUUGGAGCCAUCAAAGGCCUCUGUGGAAUUUAAGGAUUUCAAAGUGUUAAAAAAAGGACCCCAACAGGCAAGACCCUGGCAUAAUGGCUGUUUCUGGAGAACAGAGUAAUCUCCUUAUUGUUGUGGGAGAACAGUGCAAAACCAUGUUUCUAAACUUCUUUGGUUGCAAAACCAAACAGGUCAGUGUUAACAACGAUAUGUCAUACAAAUUUGUCUUACUGAUUGGAAUGUUGUAUUUCUUAGUAUGACUUGUUUGCUGCAUCUGUGACUGAUAAUUCUUACAGUUUCAAAUUCUCCUGGUUUUUGCUUACCCAUUCAUUUCCACUUCCCUUUAAAUGAAUUUUGCAGUCUGAUUUACAUAGACACAUUUCCUUUUUAGCUUUUUGGUUUAGACCAUAAAAUGUUAAUACUGUGGAUAGGAUGAUGGAUUUCUUCAGCUUCCUGCAGUAACUGUAAAGGGUCUGCACUGUUUGUAAUUUUGGCACAAUCUUUAUGCUCCAUUUAUACAACCUUACCAUGCUCAAAAUAAAAAAGAAUUUGCUACAUCAAUCUACUUCAUUGAGUUUAUGUGCCAUGUAGGUUAAGAGAGGAAUGGCUUGAGGUAUCA